AUGUCAAGUGGAACUGAAAAAGUUGGCCGUCAAGGUUCAACAACUGAUAAUGUUUAUGAAUUAAAUGAUGCUAAUGCAAAUAGAUUAUCAGAUGAAGAAAAUCAAUCAUCAGGAUUAAAAGGUAAUGAUAGUUUAGAUGGUGUUGAUUCAAAAGCAAUUGAUGAUUAUGCUUUAACUAAAUCAAUUGCAUUGAAAAAAACUGAAAUUUUAGCUCAACAAUAUAAUACAAUUUGGUAUAGAAUUUUAUUAUUAUUUAGUGCAUUUUUAAUUGGUUAUGGUUAUGGUUUAGAUUCACAAAUUCGUUCAGUUUAUACAGGUUAUGCAACUUCUUCAUAUGGUGAACAUUCAAUGAUUGCUACAAUUGGUGUUAUUAAUGCAGUUAUUGGUGCAGCUUCACAAAUUGCUUAUGCUAGAUUAUCUGAUAUUUUUGGUCGUUUAGAACUUUUAAUUGUGGCAAUUUUUUUUUAUGUUAUUGGUACAAUUAUUCAAUCACAAGCUUUUAAUAUUCAAAAUUAUUGUGCAGGUGCAGUUUUUUAUAACUUGGGUUAUGUUGGUGUGCUAAUUGUUGUGUUAUUUAUUUUAUCAGAUUUUUCUUCAUUAAGAUGGAGAUUAUUUUAUUCAUUUGUUCCAGCUUUACCUUUUAUUAUUAAUACUUGGAUUUCAGGUAAUGUUACAAGUGCAGUUGGUCCAAUUAAACAUUGGUCAUGGGGGAUUGGUAUGUGGGCUUUUAUUUUCCCAUUAUCAGCUUUACCAUUUGUUGGAUGUAUUGUUCAUAUGAGAUGGAAAGCUGGUAAAACUGCAGAAUGGAAAGCUAUAAAACAACAGAAAACUUUCUAUCAAUCACAUGGUUUAGUUAGCUUUUUAAGAGAAUUAUAUUGGAGAGUUGAUAUUAUGGGUGUUUUAAUUUUCACAAUUUCAAUUGGUUGUUUAUUAGUUCCUUUAACACUUGCUGGUGGUAUUCAAUCAAAAUGGAAAACUGGUAAAAUUAUUGGUCCAUUAGUUUUAGGGUUUGUAUUAUUCCCAAUUUUCAUUCUUUAUGAAUCAUUUGUUGCUAAAUAUCCAAUGGUUCCAUUUAAAUUAUUAAAAGAUCGUGGUGUUUGGGCUGCAAUUGCAAUUUCAUUCAUGUUUGAUUUUGUGUUUUAUAUGUAUAAUGAUUAUUUAUAUACCAUUUUAAUUGUUGGUAUGAAUCAAUCUGUUACAUCUGCAACAAGAAUUGCAUCAGUUUCAACAUUUACAUCAACUGUUUGGUCAUUACCAUUUGCUUAUAUAGUUAAAAUGGUUAGAAGAUUAAAAGCUUUUAUUAUAUUAGGUUGUUCAUUAUAUUUAUUAGGACUUGGUUUAUUAUAUCAUUAUAGAGGUUAUGAAUAUGCUAAAAAUGGUGUUAUUGGUGCAUUAGUUGUUAUUGGUCUUGGUAAUACUAUGUAUUCAUAUCCAAAUACUGUUUCAGUUCAAGCUGUUACUUCACAUGAUAAUAUGGCUACAGUUACAGCUAUUUUAUAUACAACUUAUAGAGUUGGUUCUGCAGUUGGUAAUGCAGUUUCAGGGGCAGUUUGGCAAAAUACUUUACCAGGUAAAUUAGCAAGACGUUUAAGUCCUUAUAAUAAUCAAACAUUAGUUACGUAUGCAUACGCUAAACCUUAUGAAUUUAUAGUUGAUUAUCCAUAUGGUACACCAAUUAGAACUGCUGUUAUUGAAGCUUAUAAAGAAGUUCAAAGAAUGGAAACUAUUAUUGCCUUGGUUUUCUGUGCAACUUUAAUUGGAUUUGCAUUCUUUUUAAGAGAUCCAGAAUUAACUGAUGAACAAGCUCAUAAUAAUUUAGAUGAAGGUGAAUUAGUUUAUACAAAAGGUGGUGAUCCAAUUGUUGGUUUUGUUAAAAGAUUUAGAUCGAAAAAGAAUUGA